AUGCUCUUCCCCUCGUCUCUGCUCGCCCUCCUGGCCGCCCAGCAGGUCUGGGGCGCCGCGUCCAAGGCUGAUGGCGCAUCCGAGCCCAAGGUCAGCGACCCGCAGAAGCUCGCGGCCAGCGUCAAGACGACCUUCCCCGACGCCGACAUCCUCGGCGUCCGCCUCGUCAACGGCCGCCCCACAAAGGCCCUCGUCGAGGUGACCAACAACGAGGACGCGCCCAUCAGCGUCGCCUUCCUCGCCGGCGCCCUCACCUCCACCGCCAAGCUGCCCGACGAUGCCCCCGCCUACCAGGCCAUCCUGCGCAACCUCACCGCCGUCCAGUACAACCUGGCCGUCGAGGCCGGCGAGUCCAAGACUUUUCCUUUCUCGUUUGCCCUCGACAUGCAGCCGCAGGAUGUUCGUCUCCAGAUCCUGGCCGUCAUCACCAAUGCAAAGGGGAACCUCUUCCGCAUCCCCGUCCACAACGAGACCGCUGCCAUUGUCGAGGCUCCCACUAGCUUCUUUGAUCCCCAGAUCAUCUUCCUCUACGUCGUCCUCUCGGCCGCCUUCGCCGGCACCCUCUACUUUGUCUACAAGACGUGGAUCGAGGCUCUGUUCCCCCAGGCCAAACGCGCCAAGCAGCCCAAGAAGAGCAAAAAGGCGGCCGACGCCGACGCCGCCCUCUCCGGCUCCGAGUCCACGGGCGUCGCCACGGGCGCCAGCAAGGCCUACGACGAGAGCUGGAUCCCCCAGCACCACAUGACCCCUCCCGUCGCCAAGCGCGUCAAGUCUGGCCUUGGCGGCAAGAAGAAGAUUGUCGACUAA